AUGUCGACGGCCAUUAUCGUUUGCCUUUCAUUCGCGGCCGUGGCAUUGGUUGCGACGACCAUGGUUGCGACUAUUCAUUGUCGACGUAGUCGGUCCGGCGCAUCUUCUGGUUCCGUCUUCGACGCCGAAGAAGCGCUUGAGUUGAGGGACAUUGACCGCUUCCUUAACCCGGGCGAAGAGUUUCCUGCGAGGGACAACGCCAGAUCCGUCUGGCAGCCGGAAUUGCCCCGGUUUCCCGAGCCCACCUUGCCGCCGCUCGGGUCCUUUGAGGACCUUGGCAUUGAAUAUAUGCUUGCCCGUGAAGCUUCCGCCUCUGGAAACCGCUCUAAUCAGUCACUCCCGAGUGUAUCAACUCCAUCGGGCCUGUCAACGCGGCCUCCGACCCCCUUCCCCGCGUUCACCUAG